AUGCUUUCAUCAAUUUCUCGCAGUAUUACACGCGUUGAUAAGGCUGUCAUCAAAUGCAUUGGAAAUGGAAAAUGGCUUUGCACUAACAAAAGUGGUAUUGAUAUUCUUUUAUCAACAGAUCAUUCAAAACCAGCAGUUCGUCCAGGGCAAGCAAUCCUUAUGGCAUUAGGCGCAUGCUCAUCAGCUGAUAUAAGAGCUGAUCUUGAGAAGCAAGGCUACAAAAUCAAAGAUAUUUCUGCCGAAGUUAUUGGAAAGUUUGAUACUAAGCCAGCAAGACAUAUGAAUGAAAUUGAUAUAAAGUUCACUGUUGAUGCAGAUGGUGUGUCACAAGAAAAAGUCAAUCAAGCUGCCCAAAUCGCUCUAACUACUGUUUGCCCUGUUGCAAACACUCUCACAGGCGAAACAACUCUUAAAUACAAGGCCACAAUUAAAAAUAAUUAG